AUGGCGGCGGUCAGCAAACUCCUGACAGCCAAGCGGUGCUCUUUGACAGCUGCUGCCUUCGUCGCCUUCUAUUUGGCCAAGCGACGACUCGAAGGACAUUCGCCGGCACGUAACAGGAAAGAGGGGGCCGUUGUAAAGACGGGGAGAGAUGUGCCUAAGGACAGAGCUGCGGUGGACAAAGUCUUCUUCGGCCGCUUGUUACGCCUCCUCAAAAUACUGGUGCCUCGGCCACUCUGCAAAGAGGUGGGCUAUCUGCUGUUCAUCGCUGCCAUGCUAGUUGCUCGUACCUACUGUGACGUUUGGAUGAUCCACAACGGAACCAUGAUCGAGAGUGCCAUUAUCGGGCGAUCUACAGUUGACUUCAGGAGAUAUUUAUUGAACUUUGCCACCGCUAUGCCUGCAAUAUCGCUGGUGAAUAACUUCCUCAAGUUAGGACUGAACGAGUUGAAACUCUGCUUCAGGGUGCGGCUCACCCAUCACCUCUACGAUGAGUAUUUGAAGGGUUACACCUACUACAAAAUCGGUAACCUUGACAACCGCAUUGCCAACCCGGACCAGUUGCUAACGCAGGACGUGGAGAAGUUCAGCAGCUGUGUGGUGGAGCUCUACUCCAACGUCAGCAAGCCCAUCCUGGAUAUCGUCAUAUAUGUGAUGAAGCUCACCUCCGCCAUCGGGUUUCAGGGUCCGGUGUGUAUGCUAGCCUACCUGGUAGCGUCGGGCCUCUUGCUAACGCGCAUGCGGCGUCCCGCCAGUCACAUGACCGUGACGGAGCAGACGUACGAGGGAGAGUACCGAUUCGUCAACUCACGACUCAUCACCAACAGCGAGGAAAUUGCUUUCUACAAUGGCAAUGUCCGAGAGAAGGAAAUCAUCCAGACGGCUUUCCAAAAGUUGGUCAGCCAUCUACAGACGUUCAUGUACUUCCGCUUCUCAAUGGGAUUUGUGGACAGCAUCAUCGCCAAGUACAUUGCGAUGGUGGUCGGCUACCUGGUGGUCAGUAGACCCUUCCUGGAUCUCUCCAACCCCCGACAUCGCCACAGCACUCACGCCCAGCUGCUAGAGGAGUACUACCAGAGUGGGCGCAUGCUGAUCAGCUUGGCUCAGGCGCUGGGGAGGGUGGUGCUCGCCGGCCGAGAGAUGACAAGACUGUCAGGCUUCACGGCGCGUAUCACAGAGAUCCAGAAGGUUCUAAAGGAGCUGAACCGCGGCCGAUACGAGCGCACCAUGGUGUCCCAACAGGCCCGAGAGACCGGAGAGGCGGACAGGAUCUCACUGGUGCCAGGAAGUGGAACCAUCGUGCACUGUGAUCACAUGAUCAGGUUUGAGAACAUUCCACUGGCCACGCCCAACGGGGACAUCCUCAUCAGGGACCUCUCAUUCCAGGUGGCCUCUGGGACCAACGUGCUGGUGUGUGGACCCAACGGCAGCGGCAAGAGCUCCCUCUUCAGAGUCCUGGGGGAGCUGUGGCCUCUGUUCGGAGGACGCCUCACUAAGCCAGAGAGAGGGAAGCUCUUCUACGUCCCUCAGAGGCCCUACAUGACGCUGGGUACUCUUCGUGACCAGGUGAUCUACCCUGACACAGCGGAGCACCAGAGGAGCAAAGGCAUCUCUGAUCAGGUGUUGCGUGAGUACCUGGCCGCUGUUCAGCUGGAGCACAUACUGCAGAGAGAAGGCAGCUGGGACACAACACAGGACUGGAUGGACAUACUCAGCGGAGGAGAAAAGCAGAGGAUGGCCAUGGCGCGCCUGUUCUACCAUAAACCCCAGUUCGCCAUCCUGGACGAGUGUACGAGCGCCGUGAGUGUGGACGUGGAGGACUACAUAUACACACACUGCAGAAAGGAGGGCAUCACUCUCUUCACCGUGUCCCAUCGGAAGUCUCUCUGGAAACAUCACGAGUACUAUUUGCAUAUUGACGGCAGAGGCAGCUACGAGUUCAAAGCCAUCACAGAGGACACGCAGCAGUUUGGAUCAUGACGCUCGCUGGUCCCGCGAUGAUGACAUCAUGAUACCUGCUGGUCCCCCAAUGAUGACAUCAUGACGCCCGCUGGUCCCCCAAUGAUGACAUCAUGACGCUUGCUGGUCCCCCAAUGAUGACAUCAUGAUACCCGCAGGUCUCUCAAUGAUGACAUCAUGCCGCUCGUUGGUGCCCCGAUGAUGACAUCAGCAACGGAAGACAUCUACAUCAAGUGGCCAUUCUGGAGCCUUUUCACUCUCACUGGAGCAAAGACUUAAAUCAUGGGAGCCUCUGGCCCACGAGCCGGCCCACGAUAUCAUUUUAAUGUUAUGCAGCUUCACAUGAAAUAUGACAUGCCUUGUAAACAAUCUUAGUAGUAGGAAAUGGAUCGCAGUCAAUUCUUCUUCUUUCUUGUUGUUUUCUUUUUAUUUUAACAUUGCAGGGAAUGAUAUGUAAACAAUCUUAGAAAUUACAUUUGCAAUUCAAUUAGGUUAUAUUUUCAGGAGACCUAGUGAAAUUGGGGUCUGUUUUAAAGGUGGCUGCCUUCAAUAUAGCCUUAAAGUGCAGGGGGAAAUCCUGAUUUGCGUUCAUAGUGCGGCCCUUGGAGGACCUUAGAAAACCUGAAGUGGUCCCUCCAAUGAAAAAAAGUUCCCCACCCCUGAACUACUGUACCUCUGAUUUAAAUCAAUACCCCCGUAUUUCCCAACGGUGGUUUUACUGACUACCCAACCAAACUCAAGAUUAACUUUGAGGAGUAAGGACUUUUUUUCCCAGGUUCUUCUAGAAUUUCACUGGAACACUCUACAGCUCCCAUAGAAGUCUAUGUUAAAAAAUCUUGCAAAGUCUUUAUGACAUCAUAAUGAGAACUCAAAAAUUUGCCAAAAUUCUAAUCCCAUAUUUGUGAUGGUACUCCUCAAAGGGUUAAGUGGCCGGCCGUUCUCCUUGCGUAGAGGGGCCGAGGUACUCAAAGUCAAGAGCAGAGAUGUGUAAAGUAGAAGUAGAUUAACUGUGAGCGAUGUUAUUACAACAAUGUGAUAUCAUACUAAUAAUGCUGUCAUUACAUCUGCAACAGAACGUCUAGUUCAGUGUUUCUCAAACUUUUUCAGACCGAGGACCACUUUGUCCCCCCAAAAAAUAAUCGGGAACCACCGGUCAACUGAAUUGUCAGUUGAUGGAUGCUAAUUUGACACUGCUAAUUUUCAUGCGGAUCACUUACUUUUUAUUCACAUUAUAAGCCUGUCUUAUUGUGUUGAAAACAUGAAAAUGUUACAAAUAUAUCCUACUGCUAGCUUAUCUUGGAAAAGUAGAAAUCCCCUCGCGGACCACCUGAGCUCUGUGGCGGACCACUAGUGGUCCCCGGACCACACUUUGAGAAUCACUGGUCUAGUUCUACUUUAUACCACUAUUUCAAACAGUCAAACGGUUCUCCUGUAAGUAGAUGCACCACUCGCUCUGAGUUCAAAUCCCCACGUCACUCAUACACCCUGCUGUGCUCUGUACUGAGCUGCUGUAUUGUAUUAUUUUACUGUGUGUGUGUGUGUGUGUGUGUGUGUGUGUGUGUGUGUGUGUGUGUGUGUAUAUUUGUGUGUGUGUGUGUGUGUGUGUGUGUGUGUGUGUGUGUGUGUGUGGGACGUGAUUUAAGUGUGUGUUGGGCUGUUGUAAUAUGUUGGUACGCGUAGGAAAUGAGUUUCUAGAUGAGUAGGUUCACACAUGGCGUGAAGGAGCACCUGAUGAACACCUGGAUUUAUUUUGGACGUAUGGACUUGUUGAUGUUUAUCUUUUUUCGUUUUGCGUUUUUUAUACAAGAAUUAGUGUCAGCUGGUGGGCCGGCUGCUCGUGUGUAAAGAUGAUUGCUGUAAUUUAAUAUACUGUACUGUACGUAUAUGAAGAAUAAAUGUAUAUAUUGAUACA